CCAGAACCCAGAUCAUCAGGUCCAUGUGCUCGAUGCUACGCCGAAUCCUUGCAUGCAUAGUCCACUGGGGGAUGCCGAACCCAUCCCGCAUCUCCCGGGUUCCUCGCUGGUUUUUAUUCAGUCGUGACCGCAAAAACGGGCUUAUCAAGAAGCGUCAUGUGGGAAGGCGUUGUAUCUUUGGAUGAGCAAAUAACGGCUUCGCAUACGCUAGACGUGAUACGGAUUGCGAGCUUGGAGUAUAAGACACCAGUGGGGCUGGCUCCUUUUUUUCUUUGAGUCCCCCAUCCUGGUCGGCCCUCCUGUGUUCUCUCACUUCGUCUCCUUGGCUAAGAUGGCUACACUGGAAGACCUCCCUGUGAUUGUCCAUGAUGCCGAGCAAAAGGACUCGUAUGAUGAGAAGCUCGCCAUAGAUAAGGAAUCUCUCAGCUCUAGCUCUGGCUCUGCUCCAGGGGAUGUUUGGGAGGAUACAGCUGAGGGAAAGGAACGUCCUAUCGAAACCGAUGUCGAUGUCGCCACCCGCUUAAUCUCCCUCGAGGACGAUCCAUCACUACCUGCUAUGACAUUUAGAACAUGGUUCCUUGGUCUCGGCCUUUCAUGUUUCGGUGCUGUCCUCGGGCAGAUUUUUUACUUCCGUCCCCAGACGAUCUCUGUCAGUCAGCUCUUCCUACAAAUUAUAGGCUAUCUCCUGGGAAGAGCCAUGGUUGAAGUCGUUCCGGGUCCCGGAAAUCCGCACAAACGCCUCCAGAUGUCCGAUAACUGGUUCUGGCGCUUCAUGAACCCUGGACCAUUUAACAUCAAAGAGCACGUAGCAAUUACGAUCUUCUCGUCGACGGCUGCUGAUUCCGCUCUCGCAAUCAGUAUCUUCGCAGCAGAUGAACUGUAUUACAAGAGCUCUCCCAACGUAGCUGUCGGGAUCUUCACACUGAUAGGUUCGCAGCUUAUUGGAUAUGGCUUGGGUGGCUUGAUGCGCUCCUUCUUGGUUUAUCCGACGUACAUGGUGUUCCCGAACUUGUUACCAACUGUCCAGCUCUUUGAUGCCCUGCAUCGAGGGAAAGGGAUCUUUUUGCAGAAGAAACGCGUCAAGUUCUUCUGGAUCAUCUUCAUUUCGAUUUUCGUUUGGGAAUUUUUCCCGGAGUAUAUUGCUCCGACUCUCACCGGGAUCAGUGUCUUCUGCCUUGCGAACAGGAAUUCUGCAUGGUUUACUCGUAUAUUUGGUGGUGCGGCGGGUAACGAGGGUCUGGGCUUGUUUGCACUGUGCCUCGAUUGGAACUACGUCGGGUCAGGAGGCGGCUCCUUGGGAGCUUUGUUCACACCCCUAUCAACACAGCUGUCUCUCUAUUUUGGAACGAUGAUAUGCAUUAUUGCUUUCUGUGCUGUAUAUGCACGCAAUGUCUGGCAUGGACAGAAUUUCCCAUGGCUUUCACAACAGUUAUACAACUUCAAUGGAACAAUUUACGAUCAACUGGCCAUUUUGGACGACAACUUGCUUCUUGACGAGAGCAAACUGGCGGAAGUCGGUCUGCCGUGGUAUGCAUCGUCCCAAGUGCUAACGAAGAUCGGUUCCAACCUAGCAAUCGGUGCGACGGUUGUGCAUGUUUUCUUGUGGUAUGGCCGGGAUAUUAUCGAGAUGGUGAAGAAGGAGCGUGCAGGCGAGUCUGUAGAUCCACACCGCGCCAAAAUGAAGGUUUACAACGAAGUCCCGAUGUGGUGGUACGGCGUUAUAUUCCUUGGCAGCUUCGCCAUGGCCAUGGCUACGAUAUACACUGGGCAUUCUAACUUACCUUGGUGGGGUCUUAUCGUUGGUAUCAUCAUCAGUACCGUUUUCUUGCCAUUCGUUACUACAGUGUACGCCAUAACAGGCUUCCUACCGGACAUUCAGAGUCUCGUGCAGAUGAUUGGAGGUGCGAUGAUCCCUGGUAACCCUCAAGCGAACAUGUACUUCACGAUGUAUGGUUCGAACACACUGCAACAAGCUCGUGGACUCAUUCGUGACCUCAAAAUGGGUCAAUACACAAAGCUUCCACCACGCGUGACUUUCCUCGUACAGUCUCUCGGAACGGUGGUCGGCGGGUUGCUGAACUAUGUGAUCAUGAAGGUUAUCGUGACCGCACAGCACGAUAUUCUUCUCGAUGUACAGGGUACCAAUGUCUGGAGUGGUCAGCAAGUUCAGUCUUUCAACAGUGAUGCAAUCUCAUGGGGUGCACUGGGAAACAAACUCUAUACGCCGAAUGGACGCUAUGGAAUCGUUCCCCUGUCGAUCCUCAUCGGUCUAGCAGUACCUGUUCCACUCUGGCUCGUGCACCAAAAGUUCCCGAAUCUUGGUGCAAAUAGAGUUGUUACGCCCGUCCUCUGCUGGACUCUAGGUUAUCUCUCCGUCGGAAUAAACACUUCUGUCUUUACUACUUUCCUCCUGGCCCUCUUUUCUCAGUAUUACCUACGCAAGUAUAGACCAAGGUGGUUCAGGAAGUACAACUUCUUGCUGAGUGCUGCUUUGGAUGGUGGAACCCAGGUGAUGGUGUUUGUGUACACCUUUGCAUUUGGAGGAGGAUCUGGAACGGUUAGACUGUUCCCCAUCUGGGCGUUGAACCCGGAAGGAAACCCAGACUAUUGUCUCAGGCUUUCGGAUUAAUUGAACACGAGAUGAGAUAGUACUGUAAUUGUUUGUAUUCUUAGGCCUCAGAGAAUCCAGGCACUGCGUCCUUUUAUGUGCCUUGGUAGUGUAAGCAUGAAGCGGUGCGUGAUAGCUAGAAGUCGUUUGCUGUAAGAAAUUGUACUAUUACUUAAGCUUGCAAGAGUUCUGUUGUUAACAUAGAGAAUGUAUGUCAGUGUUCGUUGCGUAG